GGCGACUCUCCAGCGGCUAAUCCAAGCUCGACUUUUGAUACUUGGCCAAGACGAGCAGGAUAAGGCAAUGGUAUUUUGGUUCGGGGGCUGGGGGGUAAGGUAGAGAGGGUCCCUAGAGGGUCUACAUAGCUCCCCCACAUCAUUCCAGCUCGCUAUUCCCUAAUAAUCAUAGCCUCAUAGCAGAUAGACCCUUAAAAGUUGACCCUUCUUGCCCCUGAACAUGGCAAAAUGCUGUUUACCUACUCUCUCCGGGCUCUGGGAGUGUAUGACCCCUGUCCCCCACAAACUGCCGUCCUAAUAGCCCCCCCGUCUAAUGGACUACGCAAGCUAAAAUCCCGAGGUCACCUUUCGGCUGUACUGUUGGCGCGUCGUGUCGCUUUCUUCUCUUUUUCUUAAGAUGAUUUCUAUCAGAAUCCCGGCCGUCACGAUGAACUGACGGUAAGGAUUAGAUCUGAAAUGCAAAUCCAACUUGUCUUUUUUUGAUUUUCCGCGAUAACUAGUAGUAGAAUCGUGUUUAGUGCGCGAUAUACAUAGCUUCCGCCACGUCCUUUUCUUUCCUUAGUAAGAUACUGGUUUAGUAGUAGUAGUAGUAAUUCUUCUAAGAGGAAGGAUGGCAGCCGUUGCUGCGGCGUCGAUAGCUGCUACUGCGGCCGGUCUCACGUAUCUCGACGGCAAAUUCCAUCUGCGACAGGAUUGGCAGAACAUCCGCGCAAAAAAGCAGGGCGCGAAGCUCCUUCAGAAAGCUAUCCGAGAAAAGCGCGUCUCGUCCUACUAUUUCUUCGAGAAGCAUGCCCAGACCAAACCCAGUAAUGAGUGCAUCUGGUCGCGCCAGGGCAGCUUCACUUAUGCCGAGACCUACUACCGCGUCAACCAAUACGCUCAGUGGUUCUCACAACAUGCCGGUGUCAAGCCUGGUGACCUCGUCGCCUUCUUCAUGGCCAACAGCCCCGAAUUUGUCUUUGCUUGGAUGGGUUUGCUAGCUAUCGGUGCAGCUCCAGCCCUCAUCAACCACAAUUUAACUAAGCAGGCUCUGCUGCACUGUCUGGGUAUCUCCGAAGCGAAACUCAUACUGGCUGAUGGCGCGCCUCAGCUACUGGAGCGCCUCGAUGCCGUUAAGGACGAGUUGGCUGCGCAAGGGGUGAGUAUUGUGAAUCUGGCUGAUGUCAAACACGAAGUCAACGCGACGAAGUGCGAGCGGCCGUCCGAUGAGCUACGCGAGAACGUCCGGCCUAACUCACCAUUUGGUCUGUUUUAUACCAGCGGCACAACUGGGCUACCCAAAGCUUGUAUGCUGCCCGCGGCCGCCAGCUUCGGGUACGGCGUCAGUAUGGAUUGCGGUUUCUCGUAUGUUAAGGGCGAGGAUCAGCGCUACUACGACUGCAUGCCACUAUAUCACGGUACAGGAGGCAUUAGCGGCAUGACGCAGCUGCUAACGGGCCAGACGCUAUGCAUCGCGCCCAAGUUCAGCGUGUCAGGGUUCUGGGACGACAUUCGAGAUAGUCGAGCUACGUGGUUCGUCUACGUCGGCGAGACCCUGCGAUAUCUACUAGCAGCACCACCGUCACCACGUGACAAAGAACAUAACGUACACUCCAUCUACGGCAAUGGCCUGCGUCCGGACGUCUGGAAGCCAUUCCGCGACCGUUUCGGCAUCGACACCAUCUUCGAGUUCUUCAACUCGACUGAGGGUAUCAUGCCGCUAGAUAACCCGGCCCGGGGCGACUUCCGCGCCCAUGCCGUCGGCCACCACGGUUUUCUGCAGCGAUGGCGUUUCUAUAACGUCUUGGUGCCGGUUGAAAUCGACGUCGACACAGGAGACAUCGCGCGGGAUCCCAAGACGGGCUUUGCGCGACGCGUCCCUUACUCGGUCGGCGGCGAGAUACUUGUUACGCAGCCGCCUACGAUCACACCGGCUUUCCCAGGGUAUUACCGUAACGAAGAAGCGACAUCGAAGAAAUACGUGCGCGAUGUAUUCCGAAAGGGCGACUUAUACUACCGUACGGGCGAUGCGCUACGGCGAGAUGAUGAUGGACGGUGGUUCUUCCUAGAUAGGUUGGGUGAUACGUUUCGUUGGAAAGGAGAGAACGUGUCCACGGCCGAAGUGUCCGAAGUACUAGGUCGAUUCCCGGGUGUAAGUGAAGCGACCGUGUACGGUGUAUCUCUACCGAACCACGACGGAAAGGCCGGCAUGGCAGCUAUCUUCAUUGACCCGGCCGUCAAGACUUUUGACUAUAACGGAUUGCUGAAACACGCCCGUGCCAACCUCCCUAAGUAUGCCGUACCCAUCUUCGUGCGCCGCAUGUCCGCGCGCUCCGCUACCCACAACAACAAGCAAGAUAAAGUUCCGCUCAAGCGCGCCGGCGUCGACCCAGCUCAGACGCAGUCUGACCCUGUUUUCUGGGUUCCCGACCAUGCCAAGGGCGGCAGCGCCUACGUACCCUUUACGCAGCAGGACUGGGACGCGCUGAAAGGCGGUCAGGCCAAGCUAUGAUGAGUCGAAUGCAAAUCAAGCGCCUCUUUAGAUCUCAGUUACAUACAACCAUGUGAGACAAAAUGCCUGACGAAUCGGGUGGGCUAUGUAUAUAAUAUAAAAACUAGCGACAUUGCUUUAUAUAUACGGAGAUACAGUCCUAAGCUCACAAAGGACAAUACGUGAGCGGGGAUAUUAGAUCGAUAUGUAACUCAAAGUACUUGCUGUGUGAUAUGUAUACGAAGUGCCGACUAAUCCUGGUCAUGCCUCACCAGCU